AUGAAGAUCAACGAGCAAGCAGAUACCUACUAUGAGCUCACCACCAAUGUCGUCGUAGACCAGCUCCGUAUCCUCCUGGCUGGAGUUGUUCGUCCAGCAGCGCGCUCCGCCAUCUGGAGCAAGUGGGUGGAGACCUGGUCCCACUUCCCACUGGACGGGUUCCUCCACUCCACCAAGGAGGCCGUAAUCGAACGAAUCCCGGCCGACUAUCGUAUCGGCCUGGACAAGCUCGGCGAACUCCUGCCUUGGCCCGAGGCAGCCGCCACUGCCUACGAGGUGUUCUCCUACACUCCUGCAAUGGACACCAGUCUGGUCGAGUUUCUCCGCGAGACUAUGGGCCACUGGUGGACGCCUCACAUGCACACCAUCAAGGGCGGGAUGUCGGGGCUCCCCGAGGCUUUCAAGAAAGAGUUGAAGAAACACAUCAAGUUUGGGUUCACGGUGACCGAGAUCGAGUACAAGUCGCCGUCGGACGACCUCCACAGGAAAGUCACGGUGAAGGGCUUCAAGGAGAGGAAGAGUGACGGGAAAGUUGUGCAAAAGAGCAUCGAGGGGCACGCUGUCAUCGUUACUACUCCGAUCAACAUCCUGAGACAGAUCAAGUUCACCCCAGCAACUUCCGAAUCCAAGGACAAAGAUACGCCAUUGAUGCCGAUGAAGUUCUACAAGGCCAUCGAGGACAUCUGGUACGGGCCGUCGUCCAAGAUAAUGCUCCAGUGCAAGACGAGGUUCUGGGAGACAGAGUACAAGAUCCAGGGUGGAUUCACCAAGACCAAUCUCCCCGUGGGCCAGAUCCACUACCCCAGCAACCCCGGGUUCGACACCAUCCCUAAAAGAAUAAAGGAGGGAAUUCUUCUCGUGUACACCUGGAAGUCUGAGGCCCUCUUGUUUGGUGCUCUGACCCCCGAACUGGCCGUGGCUGAAGCCGUCGAUCAAAUUGCGGAGAUCCACCCCCAAAUCAGGGAGCAGUUUGAGUUUGGUGCAAUCAAGGCCUGGUACAACGACCCUGCCGAGCAGGGAGCCUAUGCCCUCCUAAAACCACGGCAGGUGCAGCACGUCAUGUGGCUCAUGUACCCGUGGAGGAACAUCUACUUCGCGGGAGAAGCCAUCUCGUUUGCCUCUGGAUGGAUCCAGGGGGCCUUGGAGUCUGGGCUGAGAGCUGCCUACCAGUUCUAUGCUCGAAACGAGAGCUCUGCCGGACAGUAAGUCGCUAUGCCAAAUGGAACAGACUAAGAGACUUGGAUAGCAGAAAAUGAAACAGAAAGUAGUAUUAUUAGGUGCCUUAGGUGCCUUGUGCUGUGCAGAGUAGUUUUGUUGCUCAUUAUAAGUAGUGAAUGAUAGGAUGAAAUGCACUUUACCCGCCUCGGUCUAUAACAAUGUUUGUCAUCAGUGAACCCCACAAAACAGACCUUCCUCAUAUAUAGACUACCCAG